AUGAGAGAGAUUGUCCACUUGCAGACUGGUCAGUGCGGUAACCAGAUCGGAGGAAAGUUCUGGGAGGUCAUCUCGGACGAGCACGGCAUCGACAAGACUGGUGUCUACAACGGCGACUCUGACCUCCAGCUCGAACGUAUCAACGUCUACUACAACGAGGCCAACGGCGGCAAGUACGUCCCCCGUGCUGUCCUUGUCGACCUCGAGCCCGGCACCAUCGAUGCCAUCCGCACCGGCCCAUUUGGCGAGCUCUUCCGCCCUGAUAACUACAUCUUUGGCCAGUCCGGCGCCGGAAACAACUGGGCCAAGGGCCACUACACCGAGGGUGCUGAGCUCGUCGACUCAGUUCUCGACGUUGUCCGUAAGGAGGCCGAGUCCUGCGACUGCCUCCAGGGUUUCCAAAUCACCCACUCCCUCGGUGGUGGUACCGGUGCCGGUAUGGGUACCCUCUUGAUCUCCAAGAUUCGCGAGGAAUACCCCGAUCGUAUGAUGUGCACAUUCUCUGUCAUGCCCUCUCCCAAGGUCUCUGACACCGUUGUCGAGCCCUACAACGCUACCCUCUCCGUUCACCAGUUGGUUGAGAACUCUGAUGAGACCUUCUGUAUCGAUAACGAGGCUUUGUACGACAUCUGCUUCCGCACCUUGAAGCUCACUGCCCCCAGCUACGGUGACUUGAACCACUUGGUCUCCGUUGUCAUGUCUGGUAUCACCACCUCCCUCCGUUUCCCCGGUCAGCUCAACGCUGACUUGAGAAAGCUCGCCGUCAACCUGGUUCCUUUCCCCCGUCUUCAUUUCUUCAUGGUCGGUUUCGCUCCCUUGACUGCCGUCAACACUGCCUCUUUCCGUGCCUUGACCGUCCCCGAGUUGACCCAGCAGAUGUUCGAUGCCAAGAACAUGAUGGCUGCCUCUGACCCCCGCCAUGGACGUUACUUGACCGUUGCUGCCAUGUUCCGUGGUCGCAUGUCGACCAAGGAGGUUGACGAGCAGAUGCUCAACGUCCAGUCCAAGAACAGCUCGUACUUCGUCGAGUGGAUCCCCAACAACGUCAAGACCGCUGUCUGUGAUAUCCCUCCCCGUGGCCUCAAGAUGUCUGUUACCUUCAUCGGUAACUCGACCGCUAUCCAGGAGUUGUUCAAGCGCAUCUCUGAGCAGUUCACCGCCAUGUUCCGUCGCAAGGCUUUCUUGCAUUGGUACACUGGCGAGGGUAUGGACGAGAUGGAGUUCACUGAAGCUGAAUCCAACAUGAACGAUUUGGUUUCCGAGUACCAGCAGUACCAGGAUGCCACCAUCGAGGAGGAUGAUCUCGAGUAUGAGGAUGACAUCCAGCAGGACAUGGACAUCUAA